CCAGCUACAGCAUGCAUGUCUGCCUAUCUGUUGUUUGGUGGCUUUGUGUCUGAAUGAACUCCUCGCUCUGAUCUCCAGCAUCUGCUUUACAUCUAGCAGCUCGUUCAGCACCGCACCAAGAGGACGCAGCAGCCAGUCUUCAUUCUGGAGGGAAAGGCCCCAGUCGAGUCCAGCAGGGGGGAUGGAGGAGGCGGGGAAGCUGGUUCCCUCAGCCCUGAUGCUCUGCCUCUGAUCCAUGCUGAGAGUCCCGGACCCUGGCAGAGCGAGAGCCUGCUGGCAGAGUCCUGGUCCACAAUGGGCGACGUGGACCCCGACGACACCAAGAGCCUGGACAGCAACGACGGGGGGGUUCUGGGCGGGGAGGAGAACCACUCCUUCAACUCCGACAUGGUCCACCUGGAGCGAGAGGAGGCUGAGAUGCUCGAGCAGGCAGAGAAGGCGAGGAGGACAGAGGAGGAGGAGGAAGACGACGAGGAGCUGCAAACGAGCGUGAUGAGUGUUUUAGGAGGGGAAAGGGAGCUGGUGGAGCUCAGUGAGGAGGAGCAGGACCUCCACGCCCCAGAAGCUGAGGAGCUCCUGGUGUCAGCAGAGGAGCCUCGCGUGGAAAAGAAGAAGCCUGCAGAGUUCAUGCAGGUGGUUCCCCCGAUGGCGCUGCCUCUUCUGCCUAUCGUCAUGCUCGACCCCCCCUCCACCACGUCCACUCCGGUCCCUUCAACCACAAGCUCUGAAGCUGAGGAGCUUUACCCCACUCAGGGGCUCCAACCUCCUUCUUUCCUUGCACAGGUGGAAGUGGAGCCUCCAUCAGAGAGGCAACUAAAAUUCUCACAGAUUCCCCUCUCGGAUGUGGAGGAACAUUCAGUCCAGUCCUCUCAAGCAGCACCAGAAAAGCCGGAGCCACCACACCCCACUGCUCCCAAGACUCCCAAACAUCUGAGCUCCACUGAGCUGCUGUGUGGAGGCGCUGCUUUAGUCGCCGUAGUGGGAGUAGUGGCCUACGGUGCUGUGGCCUACUGCCGAAAGUAGUCUCCUUCAACGCUGAAUCACCCUCUCAAUACAGGUUUUAAAAUCUAUUCCAAAUGAAAAUAUUCCACUUAACUCUCUGAAUUCUGGAUUUUACUCUCUCAAACUCUUUGUAUUGUAGUUACUAUUGAACACAUUCAGAUUCGUUUUGUGCUACCUCAGCUCAUGGCCUUUGUUUUUCCUUAUUCAAUAAAUAUCUGAUCUCUGAGAUGUAAACCUGGAAUGUAAAAUCACGUGAAGGUAGAAUUUUAAAGAAUCCUGAAACUUGAAA